CUCCAUCACACAGUUUCAUUGCUGUAAAUUCUACACCCCCAGAGAGAGAGAGAGGGAGAGAGAGAAUGGGAAGGAAAAAUGGGGUGGUGUUCGAUGAGGGAGCUCCGGACGACUUCGACCCGGAGAACCCGUAUAAGGACCCGGUUGCGAUGCUGGAGAUGAGGGAGCAUCUGGUGCGGGAGAAGUGGGUCGACAUCGAGAAGGCCAAGAUCCUCCGCGAGAAGGUGCGCUGGUGCUACCGGAUCGAGGGCGUCAACCACCUCCAGAAGUGCCGCCACCUCGUCCACCAGUACCUGGAUGCCACCCGUGGCGUCGGCUGGGGCAAGGACCAACGCCCCCCUGCUCUCCAUGGUCCUAAGGUUGAGUCGUGAAGAAAUUGGCUCCUCCUUUCAGGCAAUUGCGCCCGUUGGGUCUUAUUUGAAUCAUAAACCGGAGAAGUUUGAUUCCCGCCUCCGAUUGGCAUAACUUGUGUGCUGUAUUUUUAUUGUUUUACUUCUCUACACCAAGACCUUUUUGUAUUGAGCACUUUCCUGUAUGUGUCAAUGCUUUCAUGCUGGCUUUCUGCAGCUCAUUUGCUUAUAUAGGGUAUGGACUAGAAAUUGAGAUUCAAAUAAAGGAAUAUGAGCCUUUUUUCUUUCUUUAGUGGCCUUUUUUUGGUAAAUUCUUAUGUGGGCUUAAGGUCUGUGUAAAAAUUAAUGGGCCUUUUUUAU